CACGCCCCUACAGCUAACCGAACGGAGAUUGUUUUCCUCUGUCGAAGAAGGUCUUCACUUCACAGCCCACCGCUUCAAAUGUUUAUUUAAUAAAUCUCUAAUCUCUCCGAACUUUUUCAACCUGCGUCGCGGUUUCCUUUUUGGGCAUCCAUCCGCAGACUGGAUUGUUACCGACGGUUAAUUUACUAACUUCAGUUUUUGCCAUUUAGGAGAGGGGUCUGACAGUUCUCAUGAGUAUGAGUUCAUAAUGAAGAGGCGAUUGGAGGAUCAGGACACAGUUUUUGCGUCCCAGCAGAGGCGCCUUGCUGGUAACGCCGAGGCCUUCCAGCAUCGCACCCUUGCCCCGGCUCCACCCGCUCCUGCUGUUUAUGAGGCAGUGUCCGAAAACAUGCAGCCCACAGCCGGAGUGCAGUACUCCGUCCCACAAGGAUACCAGGUGCCCACAGUGGCUCAGAAUAGUGGAGGACAUGGGCACGCCCCCAGCCCCGCGGUGCACAGCGGGUCUCACCACCACAGCCCCGCAGUCCAGUCUCAUGGCCCGGCUCUGAUCUCUGGGCACAGCCAUCCGACCGCUCCCCCCCAGGCAUCGGUGCAGGGCCAGCAGCAGUUUCAGAGGCUCAAGGUGGAAGAUGCUUUGUCCUACUUGGAUCAAGUGAAGCUGCAGUUUGGAAACCAGCCUCAGGUCUACAAUGACUUUCUGGACAUAAUGAAAGAGUUCAAGUCUCAAAGUAUUGACACCCCAGGGGUCAUCAGCAGAGUGUCCCAGCUGUUUAAGGGCCACCCUGACCUCAUCAUGGGCUUCAACACAUUUCUGCCACCCGGAUACAAGAUCGAAGUUCAGACCAAUGACCUGGUUAAUGUGACCACACCGGGACAGAUCCACCACAUCACACCGCAUGGUAUCUCAGUCCAAAACAUCCCCAUCACCGGGGCAACCGCACAGCACCCAGCCCCCCACCCGCCCACCGCUACAACUGCCGCUGCACCUGUACUCACCCAGACCACUCCUGCCAAGAUCAGCAAGCCUCUUCAGCCACAGGUGUUGACUCCCAGCAGUCAGAGCAAUCCGUCCAUCCCAGCCUACAGCUCCCCCCGCAGCCCACCCAUGCAACUGCACACUCCCUUGAGCGGGACUCCCACCGGCCCCCCCCUACAGAACAACCAACCCGUGGAGUUCAAUCACGCCAUCAACUACGUCAACAAGAUAAAGAACCGCUUCCAGGGACAGCCCGACAUAUACAAAGCCUUCCUGGAGAUCCUUCACACUUACCAGAAGGAGCAGCGUAAUGCUAAAGAGGCUGGUGGUAACUACACCCCCGCACUGACGGAGCAGGAGGUUUAUGCUCAGGUGGCUCGACUCUUUAAAAAUCAGGAGGAUUUGCUUUCGGAGUUUGGACAGUUCCUCCCUGACGCCAACAGCUCAGUGCUGUUGAAUAAGACCACUGCUGAAAAGGCUGAUUCAGUUCGUAAUGACCAUGGAGGAACUGCCAAGAAACUGCAGCUCAACAACAAGCAGAGGCCCAAUCAAAAUGGCUGCCAGAUCCGCCGGCAUCCCUCUACAGGCACUGCUCCUCCUGUCAAGAAGAAGCCUAAGUUACUGUCUUUAAAAGAGACCCCAGUGGGAGACGCUGGAAAACAUGGAGUCGGCACCGAGUCUCUGUUUUUUGAGAAGGUGCGGAAAGCCUUGCGAAGUGCAGAGGCCUACGAUAACUUCCUGCGCUGUUUGGUCAUUUUUAAUCAAGAGGUGAUUUCCAGAGCCGAACUCGUGCAACUGGUGCUACCGUUUUUAGGGAAAUUUCCGGAGCUGUUUAACUGGUUCAAGAACUUCCUGGGAUACAGAGAAAUGUCCCAUAUUGAGACGUAUCCAAAGGAGCGGGCGACUGAGGGCAUCGCCAUGGAGAUCGACUAUGCUUCCUGCAAAAGACUUGGCUCCAGUUACAGGGCUCUUCCCAAAAGUUACCAACAGCCCAAGUGCACUGGCCGCACCCCCCUGUGUAAAGAGGUGCUGAAUGAUACCUGGGUGUCUUUUCCUUCUUGGUCCGAAGACUCCACAUUUGUUACUUCCAAGAAAACUCAGUACGAGGAGCAUAUCUACAGAUGUGAAGACGAGCGCUUUGAGCUGGAUGUGGUUUUGGAGACGAACCUGGCCACGAUCCGCGUUCUGGAAACUGUGCAGAGGAAGCUGUCUCGGAUGUCGGCCGAGGAGCAGGCGAAGUUCAGGCUGGAUAACUCUCUGGGAGGAUCGUCGGAGGUCAUCCACAGAAAGGCCAUUCAGAGGAUAUACGGAGACAAAGCCGCAGACAUCAUCGACGGACUCAAGAAGAACCCAGCAGUGUCUGUGCCCAUCGUCUUAAAGAGGUUAAAGACGAAGGAGGAGGAGUGGCGGGAAGCACAGAGAGGUUUUAAUAAGAUCUGGAGGGAACAGAACGAAAAGUAUUACCUCAAAUCUCUGGACCAUCAAGGAAUCAACUUUAAACAGAACGACACCAAAGUGCUGCGCUCCAAGUCCCUGCUCAAUGAGAUCGAGAGCAUCUACGACGAGCGGCAAGAACAGGCUUCAGAGGAGAACGCGUCGCCCCCUACUGGCCCUCACCUGACACUGUCCUACGAAGACCACCAAAUCCUGGAAGACGCUGCUUCGCUAAUCAUCCACCACGUCAAACGCCAAACCAGCAUCAACAAAGAAGACAAGUACAAAAUCAAACAGGUCAUUUACCACUUCAUGCCCGAUAUGCUCUUCGCACAGCGGGGGGAGCUCUCCGACGUCGAGGAGGAAGAGGAGGAGGAGGACAUGGAUCUGGAAGAAGGCUCCAAAAAACAAAAUGGAGUCUCUGGAAGCGGUAGUCCGUCAAAAUCCAAGCUGCUAUUCAACAACACAGCCGCGCAGAAGUUGAAAUCGUGCGACGACGGCUAUAAUCUGUUCUACGUCAACAAUAAUUGGUACAUUUUCCUGCGGUUGCACCAGACGCUGUGUUCAAGGCUCCUUAAGUUGUACAGUCAAGCGGAGAGGCAGAUCGAGGAGGAGGUGAGAGAGAGGGAUUGGGAGCGAGAAGUUCUGGGACUGAAGAAGGAGAAGAACGACAAUCCUGCGAUCCAACUCAGACUGAAGGAGCCCAUGGACAUUGAGGUAGAGGAUUACUACUCAGCCUUUCUGGAGAUGGUGAGGAACCUUCUGGAUGGAAACAUGGAUGCGUCUCAGUACGAGGACUCUCUGAGGGAGAUGUUCACGAUCCAUGCCUACACGGCCUUCACCAUGGACAAGCUCAUACAGAGCAUCGUACGGCAGCUGCAGCACAUAGUGAGUGAUGAGAUCUGUGUUCAAGUGACCGACUUGUAUUUAUCUGAGAGCUCAAACUCUGCAACUGGAGGAGGCCUGUCCACACAGACCACUAGGGGCGCUGCUGAGUCCCUGUACCAGAGGAAAGCAGAGCAGAUCAUGUCCGAUGAAAACUGCUUCAAGGUGAUGUUCUUGAGGAGCAGAGGUCAGGUGCAGCUCACUGUGGAGCUUUUGGACACAGAAGAGGAGACGUCUGACGAGCCCAUGGAAGCAGAGCGUUGGUCUGAUUACGUUGGUCGAUAUUUGAACCCAGACUCCACAACUCCAGAGCUGAGAGAGCACCUCGCACAGAAACCAGUGUUUUUGCCCAGAAACCUGCGGCGGAUCAGAAAGUAUCAGAAAGGCCGCGAGCAGCUGGACAAAGAGGCGAGUGAAGGAGGGAAGAAGUCUCUGGAGAAAGAGAAGAUGGAGUGCAUGUUCAAACUCAACUCAUACAAAAUGGUUUAUGUGUUCAAGUCUGAAGACUACAUGUACCGCCGCACAGCACUGCUCCGGGCGCAUCAGUCCCACGAGAGGGUGAGCACACGGCUACACACGCGCUUCCAGUCUUGGGUGGACUCUUGGGCGAAGGAGCACGUAUCCCGAGACAUGAACGCCGAAACGAACAAGUGGCUGAUGGGAGAAGGACGCGAUGGUCUGCUCCCCUGCACAACCAACCGACAACCCGAAAUACUUCACUUUAGAAACAUCAACAAGUACAGAGUCAAAUACCACAACUCCCCCAGCAAGACCCCAUAGUGCCCCCUAGAGAUGAACGGACUCUGAAUAUGUGUACGGAGGGUAUUAAUGGUGUUUUUAAGCCACAGAGACAUGGUAGGUUUAAGCUAUAUAACUACUGUGUUUGUUGCACUUAAGGGCGGCAGGAUGAUAGGAUUUUACCAGCGUUUUUAGCUGGGCCCAUCCCAUUCACAGGGCCUUCACGGUGCCAAAACUUAGGAAUGGUCCGAAAACGUAAACCUAAACUUGAGCAGAACCAGCCAAGCACUUGGAGCAACGUCUCUACAAAUGAAACUAUAUGUAUUAAAGAACACAUAUGCAAAUUUGUGGCUUUAAUUCUCUUUUAAACAUGCUUUUGGUCAUGUUGGGAUAAGUAUUUCACAUUUUCUAACUUAAAACAAUAUCUGCAGCUCUGUUUCCGUGAGGUAUUUGGGCACUGGAGCUCCCUCUGCUGUGAGCAAUGGGAACUAACAUUUAGAAUCUAAACAACUAAGGUCCUUAUUCUCUCUGAAUGCUAUGCUAAUAGAGCCAUGCAUUCUUUGUGAACUCACUCUGACUGAGUCCAGUUUGUUCAUGGGCUUAAAAACUGUAUAGGAGAAGUCUAGAGUUUUAUCUAUGAUGUAACUAAACUGGCAAAAUGCAAACUUGGCAUUUGUGAAUGCUCGGAGAAUACAAGUUAAUGAGCCAAGCGUGAAUGAAGCAAAAACAACAUUUUAACAUGGUCAAUUUUGCAUAAUAUGUGUUCUUUAAUUGCAAGGAGAAGGAAAGAAUGGUGCUUUUUGUAUUUUAAAGCCAUCCAAGUUGAAAUCCAGUGGGUUUCUCGUCGUAAGUGAUGUAGUGUUACGUAUACGCAAAAAGAAAGACAAGUGCACUUAUUUAGACAGAGGGAGAUGUUUUAUUAUUGUUGGAUUAAGAGGCAGCUCAACUCAACUCGUGGCUGGAGCUCAAAUGGUUUAUAUAUAAGAGGCAUUCCUCCUGUUAAGGCCAAAUCAAUAUGGAAAACCCGGGUUGCAGUAUUGUCCAAAAACAAUCAAAAAUUCAAAUAUCAAGCCUCACACAGCACGGUCACGAUGUAAAAUUGUACAAUGAAUGUCAAUGGGUUUUUGACAUGUAUUCAGUUUAAAGUGUUGUGUAAAUAAUAUAUAUAGUGCUAUAAUUAUUCUUAUUAUUAUGAUCCUGUCCGCCCUGGAGCGCAACCUUUUUAAAUAAAGUUUAACAAGAAGAAAAAAAGAAAAAAAAACUUCACCCAAACCACACACCAGCUUUUACAUUGAAAAACAUUUUACAAAAUUCUCACAGUCGUAAAAACUGGGAGGACAUAGCAUUGCGUGCCCCACAUUUUGAUGUAAAUAGAUUGUACAUAUGGUCCAGACUUUUUAAAAUGACAUUGUUGUGCUAGUAAUACCUUCCGAGCUUAACUGUGGACAGAUAAAGUUAGUAUGUAUAUUUAAGACCUCAUUUAUAAAGUUUUUACCAAAGGGAGUUCUCAAAAAUAGCUGUUUCCCCUUUGCGCGUUCCUGUCUUCUUUUUAAUUUCUGUAGUAAAACUUGUGGCAUGUGUGAAAUAUAUCCAGGUUUUGUUUUUUUUAUAAAUACUACAACACGUUAUUAUUGCCUGAAUGUGAAAUUAGUUGAAAAUAUAUAUACUGAAUGAAUGCACUGCCCCUUUUUGACAAUUAGCACUAUUUAGCUCUGAUUUGAAGAGCGGGUGCUUUUUCAAAAUAAAAGUCUACAAUGGUCUCACCUUGUAGCCGAAGCUUCCUUCAAAAUAAAAGCCUGGAUAUAUUUCUACUGCAGCCACCAACACCAUAUUUUUGAUAAUGGACACACAAGCAUGUCUUUAGUCCCUUUAUUUAGACAUUAUUUAAAGUAAUAAUAAAAAUGACAUUUGUAGCCUA